AAGGUACUUUUGAUUAAAUUUAUCAUGUGGUGGGGUUAUGAUCAUUUGGAACUCCCCCAGUACACAUAAUGUCAUUCAUCAUAUUGUUUAACAAUUAUGAGUGCAUUUAACGGGAAAAGAAAGCAUCAAAGUCCAAGCAAGCUGCCAGCCCGCUCCAACGUUGACUACCAUCGCAAGUUAUCCGGCCUGAAGAGAGUCAUCAAAGACAUAGUACUCGAGAAUGCUUACCUUUGUGAUGAAGUAGCUCAAGUCCAUGAAGACACUUUGGUUUUGAAGGAGGAAGUGCGCUCUCUUUUGAAACGGCUGCACCAAAUUGAAGCGAGUGCUGGUAUUGAAAGUACGUUGCAGCCUCUGGGCUUCAGUUCUCAGGACGGCCAAACUUCAUCCCCUGCACCAAAAAAGACUGUUAAGCGAAGGGCAGUUCCAGAUGAAGAGGUGAACGGAAGUGCCUUGCCACAUGUCUACAAGCAGAAAGUUGGCGGAAAGAACAAGGCAAUCAAAGAAGAGCACUUUGAAGUAGAUAUUGCUGACUAGUAAUUGACUUGAUAAUACUCUCAGUGGAUAACCAUCACUUCUGAGACUAUACAUCUUUUUAGACUUGUGAAAUCAAAGCAUCUAUAUCAAGAUGGACGAUGAAUUACAGCAUAUGGCAAUGGACUCUCCCAUCAGUGCUGCUGCGUUAGGACUUCCUGCCCAUCUGACUGACAUCACCCUGACUGCAACGUCACCAAACCUCCAACGUGUA